CCAAAUGCAACCGCGGUCAACCACCCGACCGGGCGAACGAGUUUUCUGCGGCUGACUCUGCCUCGUACCUCUGUGCCCUUGCAAAAGAAGGAAGUCCCGAAGGUGUAAUCGCCGUAUGGAGCAAACGAAUCCGGAUGGACGCUUUUCAGACCAUUUUCCAGUAUCGCGCCAGAGAGACAAGAUGGCCUCUCGAUCCAGUGAGAAAAAUCAAAGCACGAAGAAUGCAAGAAAUUACUAUCACAGUUCCAGGAGAAUCUUUGAUCUCCGGAGGUUCCAUAGUGGCGAUGCUCUUGGCGCGGGAGUGGUUUUGGGCGCCUAGCGGAAGUCCAACGCCGCCGCCACCAGAGGGGCCGGCGAUGGAAGCGGUACGCUCAGCGCGGGAGCGCAAGUUCUCGGACCAGUUGAAGCCUUCGCCUGUGGCAGAAGCUAUGGUCAGCCGUCUAUUGCUAAACGGAAUACUGAACGAGGUGCGGGAUCGGGAUGAAGAUGCAGAAAGGGAGGACUUGUUGGAGGGCAGCGAAGACAAACCUCGACCCUUCCCGUCGCGGGCAGAGAUUGUCCCGGUGGAUGGUACAGACGUAGACGCCUGCCGUGCAUGCU